UCUUAAUCUGUUGACGACAAAGCGACAGCGUCAAGAAGAGAAGACACUUGGACCAGAUAGAAGCCAUGAGCUCCGUUCUACAGAAAGCUGCCAGACCAAUGUGGACUAUCCGAGGACUGCACAAGUCCGCAGUGGAAGUCUUGAAGCACCCGGCUCCUGAGGACACAGUCACGGCCAGUUUUGGAAAGUUCAUCAGUGAAGUGAAGCCUCAGCACUUGUCGUCCGUGGUCCUCUCCCGCAGUAAGAGGAUGGUGCUGGACAGUAUUGGAGUCGGUCUCCUGGGCAGCACAACAGAAGUGUUUCAACUGGCACUGCAUCACUGCCAGCUCGUGUACGCCAAUCAUGACGUCAGCUCCGUCUACGGACGCAGGGGCACCAAGCUCUCGCCGACACUGGCGGCUUUUGUCAACGGAGUGGCGACUCACUCCAUGGACUUUGAUGAUACAUGGCACCCUGCCACUCAUCCUUCAGGAGCGGUGCUUCCCGCUGUGCUGGCUCUCAGCGAAAUGAUGCCCGCCAACAGCAAACCCAGUGGCCUGGACUUCCUGCUGGCUUUCAAUGUCGGCGUUGAGAUCCAGGGCCGUCUGAUGAGGUUCUCUAAUGAGGCCCAUAACAUCCCCAAGAGAUUUCACCCUCCCAGUGUGGUGGGCACCAUGGGAAGUGCAGCAGCCUGUGCUUGCCUCUUGUUGCUGAGUCCAUCCCAGUGCAGCCACGCCUUAGCCAUCGCUGCUUCUCUAUCAGGGGCCCCGAUGGCUAACGCUGCCACGCAGUCCAAACCCAUCCACAUCGGCAACGCCUCCCGUUUGGGGAUGGAGGCUGCUAUACUGGCCUCUCAGGGGCUUGAGGCGAGCCAGCUAGUCCUGGAUGCUGUCGAAGGGGUCGCCGGUUUCAGCGCUUUCUACAAAGACUACGCGCCGCAGCAUCUGGAGUCACCGAGUGACAAUGACGGCCACGCGUUCUUGCUGGAAGAGCAGGAUAUGGCUUUCAAGCGCUUCCCCGCACAUCUGGGAAUGCACUGGGUGGCGGAUGCCGCGGCCUCGGUUCACAAGCAUCUUGUGGGUUUAGGUCCGGGCACUGUGUCUCCGAGUCAGAUUGAGGACAUCCUGCUGCGGGUGCCCCUGUCAAAAUACAUCGACAGGCCUUUCCCAGAGUCGGACCACCAGGCCCGCCAUUCUUUCCAGUUCAACGCUUGUAGCGCCCUCCUGGACGGUGAGGUGACCGUGGAGUCCUUCACCCCUACCGCCAUGACGCGCCCUGAGAUCCUCCAGCUGCUCGGUCGUGUCCGCGUGGAGCACCCCCACGACAACCCAGCUAAUUUCAACCAGAUGUACGGCGAGGUCCAGGUCGCGCUUGUUGGUGGGGACACCCUGAAGGGGCGCUGCGACAGCUUUUACGGUCACUGGCGCAAGCCGCUGACCCAAGAGAGCCUGAGAAAGAAGUUCAGGAAUAACGCAGGGGCCGUGCUUGCCUCGGAUAGAGUUGAAAGGCUGAUUGAGAUAGUGGACGAGUUGGACACGAACAGAGACUGCUCCCCUCUUCUCUCGCAACUGCAGUGAAAAUACAAAAAGUUACAAAUAAAGUAAUACGUCGCAACAUACA